CAGCCUGAUGGCCAAAUGCCUAGCGAUAAAACUAUCGGAGGUGGAGAUGAUUCAUUUAACACCUUCUUCAGUGAGACAGGAGCUGGUAAACAUGUUCCCAGAGCAGUGUUUGUGGACCUUGAGCCAACUGUAGUUGAUGAAGUACGUACAGGCACAUACAGGCAGUUAUUCCAUCCUGAGCAGCUCAUUACUGGGAAAGAAGAUGCAGCCAAUAAUUAUGCCAGAGGCCAUUAUACCAUUGGAAAAGAGAUUGUUGAUCUAGUGCUAGACCGCAUUCGCAAACUGGCUGAUCUGUGCACAGGGCUGCAAGGUUUCCUUAUCUUCCAUAGUUUUGGUGGAGGCACCGGUUCAGGGUUUGCAUCUCUGCUCAUGGAAAGGCUCUCUGUUGACUACGGCAAAAAGUCUAAACUAGAGUUUGCGAUCUAUCCAGCACCACAGGUUUCCACUGCUGUAGUGGAACCUUACAACUCAAUUCUGACUACCCACACAACAUUAGAGCAUUCAGAUUGUGCCUUCAUGGUAGAUAAUGAAGCCAUUUACGAUAUAUGUCGUCGUAACCUUGACAUUGAGCGUCCUACUUAUACCAAUUUAAACCGAUUAAUUGGGCAAAUUGUUUCAUCCAUCACGGCUUCACUGCGUUUUGAUGGAGCCCUCAACGUAGAUCUGACAGAAUUUCAAACUAACCUUGUUCCAUACCCACGAAUCCAUUUCCCCCUGGUAACAUACGCCCCCGUCAUCUCCGCUGAAAAAGCGUAUCAUGAGCAGUUGUCCGUGGCUGAAAUCACCAACGCGUGUUUUGAGCCAGCCAACCAGAUGGUAAAAUGUGACCCUCGCCAUGGCAAGUACAUGGCCUGCUGCAUGUUAUAUAGAGGUGACGUCGUUCCCAAAGACGUCAACGCAGCCAUUGCUACCAUCAAGACUAAACGGACCAUUCAGUUUGUGGAUUGGUGCCCAACUGGAUUCAAGGUGGGCAUUAACUACCAGCCUCCGACUGUGGUGCCGGGUGGUGACCUCGCGAAGGUGCAGCGGGCUGUGUGCAUGCUGAGUAACACCACUGCUAUUGCCGAAGCAUGGGCUCGCCUCGACCACAAAUUUGACCUCAUGUACGCUAAGCGUGCCUUUGUGCAUUGGUACGUGGGGGAAGGAAUGGAGGAAGGAGAAUUUUCUGAAGCCCGGGAAGAUCUGGCUGCCCUUGAGAAAGAUUAUGAAGAAGUCGGCGUAGACUCAGUAGAAGCAGAAGCUGAAGAAGGAGAUGAGUAUUUAGAAAACUGA